AUGGCAGCUGGAGUAGCAGCCUGGCUCCCCCUUGCCCGGGCAGCUGCCAUCGGCUGGAUGCCAGUGGCAAACUGCCCCAUGCCCAUCGCUCCCAGGGACCACAGCAAGAGGCAGGAUGAGCUGAUCAUUCUGAAUGUCAGCGGGCGUCGCUUUCAAACCUGGAGGACCACGCUAGAUCGUUACCCAGACACCCUCCUUGGCAGCUCAGAGAAAGAAUUCUUUUACAACGAGGAGACAAAGGAAUACUUCUUUGACCGAGAUCCAGACGCCUUCCGUAGUGUCCUCAACUUCUAUCGCACAGGGAAGCUCCACUACCCUCGUUACGAGUGUAUAUCAGCAUAUGAUGAGGAGCUGGCCUUCUUUGGCAUCAUUCCAGAGAUCAUUGGUGAUUGCUGCUAUGAAGAGUACAAAGAUCGCAAGCGGGAGAAUGCAGAGAGGCUUAUGGAUGACCAAGAGGAGAACAAGGAUAGCAAGUUGCCCAACAUGAACUUUCGCGAAACCAUGUGGCGGGCCUUUGAGAAUCCUCACACAAGUACCAUGGCCCUGGUGUUCUACUAUGUCACCGGUUUCUUUAUUGCUGUCUCUGUCAUCACAAAUGUCGUAGAGACGGUGCCCUGCGGCUCGACACCCAACCAGAAGGACGUUCCUUGUGGAGAGCGCUACACAGUAGCUUUCUUCUGCAUGGAUACAGCUUGUGUCAUGAUCUUCACGGUGGAGUACCUCCUGCGCCUGUUUGCCGCUCCUAGCCGCUACCGCUUCAUGCGCAGUGUGAUGAGCAUCAUCGACGUAGUGGCCAUCUUACCCUAUUAUAUUGGCCUGGUCAUGACAAACAACGAGGAUGUAAGUGGGGCCUUUGUCACGCUGAGGGUCUUUCGCGUCUUUCGCAUCUUCAAGUUUUCGCGGCACUCGCAGGGCCUGCGCAUCCUAGGCUACACUUUGAAGAGCUGCGCCUCGGAGCUGGGCUUCCUCCUGUUCUCCCUCACUAUGGCUAUCAUCAUCUUUGCCACAGUCAUGUUCUAUGCCGAGAAAGGAUCAAGCUCGAGCAAGUUCACCAGCAUUCCAGCCUCGUUCUGGUACACCAUCGUUACCAUGACCACGUUAGGGUAUGGAGACAUGGUGCCAAAGACCAUUGCAGGAAAGAUUUUUGGUUCCAUCUGUUCUCUGAGUGGAGUGCUGGUAAUAGCGCUACCUGUCCCUGUCAUUGUGUCCAACUUUAGCCGAAUCUAUCACCAGAACCAGAGAGCUGACAAACGACGUGCUCAGAAGAAAGCCCGACUGGCCCGGAUAAGAAUAGCCAAGACAUGCAGCUCCAACGCCUACCUGCAGCGCAAGCGUAACGGCCUGCUGAGUGAACUGCUGGACCUGACGACUUCAGAAGAGGAACAGCAGCACCUGAAUAAGUCAACAUCUUUACUGGAGAGCCAACAUCACCACCUAUUGCACUGUCUUGAGAAAACCACCUCUCUCUCUCUCUCUCUCUCUCUCUCUCUCUCUCUCUCUCUCUCUCUCGCUGUGUCUCAGGCUCAUGAGUUUAUUGAUGAACAGAUGUUUGAGCAGAACUGUGUAGAAAGUGCUUUGCAAAGUUAUCCCUCUCGUAGUCCUUCCCUGUCCAGCCAGGAGGGCUUCACGGGCACCUGCUGCAGCUGCCGCUCCAGGAAGAGCAUCCCCCUGCCCAACUCCAGCAUGUCCACCACACACACACACACACAGGGUCUGCAGGAGCUCAGUGCCCUCCACAUCCAGUGUGCAGAGCAGCAAGGCCACAGCAGCAGCCGCUCCAGUCUAAACAUGCAACCCAAUGAGGUGGGCCGGUUCAACUGCCGAGAACGACAGAUCACCACGGCGAUCAUUAGCAUUCCAUCACCCCCUGCCCCCAUCCCGGAGGGGGACGGGCAUGGGCCACCCAAUCCCGGGCCCAGCAUCAGCACCACUGCCAGCUCCAACAUCGUCAAGGUGUCAGCCCUGUGA